CUCCAUUAUUGCCCUGCUUCCUCUGUUUAUAUAUCUCUUCAUUCUCCAUUCCUUUUCCUCUCAAUUUCAUUUCAACACACACUGAAAGAGAAACAUAUCGUUAUCUAAAUUCAUUCUCUUUCUUCUUCUUCUUCCUUUCUGGGGGUUUUGUUUUUGUUUGAUUUUUAGAGCUUUCAAUUGACAAAUUUAAAACUGAAAAAAAACAAAAAAAAAAAAAAAAAAGAAAGAACAGAGAGAGAGAGAGGAAGAGGAGAAGGAAGAGGAAGGCGAGCGAAGAAGAAGAGUUUUUUAUUUCCAUGUCUUCUGAUCUGUUCAUUCAUGGCGAUUCAUCAUCUUCUUCUUCUCUGUUUCGUUGCUCCUCUUCCGAUUUGGUUUUCCCUUCUGAGGCAGACCUUCAAUUCUUCUCCGAUCCUUAUUCCCCUAAUUUCUCAGAUUCCGCCAUUGAUAUUCUUAAUUCCAUUCCUUCUCAAUCUCAACAAGAAAACCCACUCCUCGAUGAAUUCAAUUCAAAUAAUAAUUCUAUUUCCGUCGACAAUUUCAUCCCGAUGCAAGGUUUAUCUCUCUCUCAUCCCACCCCCGAUUUCCCUCUCCUCCCUAAUCCAUCUCCUUCUUCCUCAAAUGGCUUUCAAAAUCUCACCAAUUUCGACGUCAAAAACGAAGAAUCCCUUCUAGGUUUCAACAACCCACCUCUCUGUUUCGACCCCCCUGAAAAUGUUGAUAAAUCCUUACUCCUCCAUAGAAGCUUCAGUGAAAAACCCAACUUCCAAACCCGACUCGAAACAUUUCUAAUGGAAUCCCAAAAUUUCCCAAAUAAUCAUCACUCUCUCCCUUGCCCUGAAUCCGACUUUUUCUCCUCACAAAUCAGACGCGUCUUCAGUACCGGCGAUUUACAGAAUUCGGGGAAUGGAAGGUCGUCGUCGUUAAUGGAGGAAGGGAAUUUCAAAGUGGGAAGAUACAGUGCAGAGGAGAGAAAAGAGAGGAUAUUGAAAUACAGAGCAAAGAGAACACAGAGGAAUUUCAACAAGACAAUAAAGUAUGCAUGUCGGAAAACGCUAGCCGACAACCGGCCGAGAAUACGUGGCAGAUUUGCACGCAAUGACGAACCUGGAGAGAUUCCCAAAGCUGCAUGUUCAACCAGGGAAGAAGACGAAGAUGAUUUCUGGAUUGAAGGGUUGCAUGGAAGUGAGGAAGAAGGAACAAUAAGAUCGGGGAAACAGUAUGGUGAAAUGUACGGACGAAUGCAAUUUCAGUAUUGUGGAUUUUGAAUCAAACUAAACUACUACAACAUGAUGAUGAUGAUGAUGAAGAAGAAGAAAGAAAUAUAUUUAUAUUUUUUCUUUUUCUUUUUCUUUUUUAGUGAAGGGAAAAAGAAAAAGAAAAGGAAAAAGAGAAGAAUUUGAGAACUUGACCAAAAGGCCCUUUAUUCACAAAGAAAAGAAAAAGGGCCUUUUUUUUUUUCUCUUUUCUUUUUUGUGUCUAAAAUAAGAAUUAUUGAAGUUUUUAACUGAGUUGGGGGGUAGUGGUAGGAAAUUAGUAGAGAAAUAGUUUCUUGUUUUUUGUUUUAAUAUCAAUAUUUCUGACUCUUUUUCUGUAAAUAGUAAUGAAUUUCAAUUAAUAAAGCUAAUUUUAAAUCAAAUUUUAUAUUCCGUGGGUA